AUGGAGGACGACUUCCGCCCGCAGGUGAAGAAGGUUGCCGUGGCGAUGGGCGCAUCCCUCUCAGAGCAGGACAUCGACCGCAUGCCGCUGGGGAUGAGAACGCAGGGAAGCUUCAAUUACAACAGGUUUCUGGAGUACAUGAGGCAGUUCAAGACAUCAGAGGAGAGAGAGGAGGCCAUAAAGAAAGCCUUCGCCAUGCUCGACAAGGACGGCAGCGGCUACAUAGAGUGGAACGAGAUCAAAUACAUUUUGUCCACUGUGCCGUCUGCGACUCCGUCAGCUCCGCUCUCUGAUGAAGAGGCGGAGGCCGUGAUCCAGUCUGUGGACACGGACGGAGACGGACGCAUCGACUACAGAGAGUUCUCCAACAUGGUGAAGAUGGAGAAGAAACCAAAGAAAUAA